AUGGAUAUGAACAUUUCAGAAAAACGUGUGAAGGUCGCCAUCAUCGGUUCCGGCCUUGGCGGCCUUGCGAUUGCUGCGCAGAUUAAAAGCGGCGUGACCACAGACAUGGUGGUUUUUGAGAAAGGUGAUGAUCUGGGCGGGGUGUGGCGGGUCAAUCGUUACCCCAAUGCCGCCUGUGAUACGCCGGUGGAAAUGUACGCCAUGACGUUUUUCAGCAAACACAACUGGAGCAGUAAUUUUGCGCCGUGGCAUGAAAUUCUUGACUACGCCAAUGAGCUGGCUGCCCAUUACGACCUGCGCGAAAACAUCAGGUUUAACUCUCUUGUCACGUCGGCGGUGUGGUUGGGCGAUGUCAAUCGCUGGUGUAUUACCCUGGCCAACGGAGACAUCUGGAACGCAGAAUUCCUCAUAUGGGCCGGCGGGCUCUUCAGCCAGCCCCUGAUACCCAGCCUGCCUGGCAUUGAUUUGUUUAACGGGCAAAUCAUCCACACGGCGAACUGGGACCCGGAUAUCGAUCUCUCGGGGAAGAGGGUUGCACUUGUAGGCAGCGGCGCGUCCUCGAUUCAGGUUCUUCCAUAUGCUGCCCAACAUGCGGACCAUGUCCAUGCCUUUAUACGCACGCCGUCGUAUGUGAUGCCAAAACCUGAAGAGUCUUAUGGCAAAAAGGAGUGGGAGAACUUUCGACGCCAACCUGAGCUUCAGGCUGAAAAACGCAGGAAUCAACCCCAUGUUGAAGCUGUGGCUGGCGGCGUGACUGCUUUCUUUGAGGAGGGUGUCAUCGGACCCGGGGGGGAGGCAUACGCCGUUGACAUGGUGAUUCUGGCGACGGGAUUCAAGACGUCAAAAAUGCUGGGUGAACUCAAUAUUGUCGGGCGUACCCGGCAAUCGCUCUCUGCAGUCUGGGGUGACAGGCCUGAGGCAUUCCUUGGAAUGAUGAUGAAGGGAUUCCCCAACUUCUUUAUGGUGUGUGGCCCCAAUGCGACGGCUGCAUCGCUGUCUUCAAUGGUGGAGGCGCAGGCAGAGUACAUCAGGCAAUGCAUCAGGAAGGUCGACUCUAUGGGCGUCCGGAGCAUUGAAGUGCGGCCGGAAGUCCAGGACGCAUUCAAUGAACAGAUCGAGCGCUGGGGAAACGCGAGCGUCAUGGUGAAAGGCGGUUGCGAGAGCUACUACAGGGCCGGCGGUGACGGCGGCGUUUUUACGCAUUGGCCGAACACGGUUGCAAGUUAUGUCAAUGCCACCCGUGAAAUGAAUAGCGCGGAUUUUUAUUUGGGACGCUAG